AAAAUCCCAUUUCCCCUUGUCACUUCUCACUUUCUGCCAUCACACACUCACAGCUUCUCUCUUUCUCUUCCCUUCUUCAACCUUCAGUAGUUCAGUCCUUCACUUCGUCGCAGCACCGCCAGCAGCCCAGCAUGUCCAUCGCAGGCUCACAGCUCGUCCGUCGCAGGCUCGAAGCUAGUCUGUCGCAGCCAAAAAUCCGUCGCAGCCACUCUGUCGUAGUACUCUCCCAUUCUUGAGGAACAAAGACUUGCUGUGUAGAAGCUAGUAUCAUCGCAAAAUUGAGUAAUGGCUUCAACAAGAAAACGGAAGAUCCGCAAAGAUUCUCGGAGACAAACCCUGAAUUCUGCUUCGGAUUCAAAUUAUUCUCGAUCACUCCAGAGGCUGCUCUCCGCAAUCAAAACUCUUGAGGGCAUAAAAUCACCCAUCUUGAAGAGUUUGUAUUGUUUACUUGUCCAUAUGUCCACAGAUUCCCUCAGCAAAGUUGAUGUGAAUGAUCUACGAGUGAUUUCUGACAUUUUAUUCAAAGAACUAUCGUUGAGGUUUAACAGUAUAUUCUCUUCUCUAUAUGAUGUUUGUACAAGCAAGGAUCUUGGACAAGGUAGCAUACAUGUGAAUUGUACAGUUGAAGUACUAGUCUUGCUGUUAAGGAGUAGUAUGGCUAUUCUGGAAUUGCAUAUAUAUGAUCAUAACGUUGUUUUGGAAAAAGGCGGGAUUCUUUUGAAGAUACUUUGUAAGUUGUGUUCCCUAAACUUACCAAAGAGAAAAGACAGGAAAGAUAUUAGUUUGCAGAACUCAGUUUUUCAUGCGUGCACAUAUGAUGAUGAUGACUUCAGAACCACUUCAAGAGAGGAACUUGUUGCUUCGCUUCAUUUGUAUGAGCCACCUAAUCUUCAAACUUCAUUUGCAAUUGCUAUGUUGGAGGUAUUUCUUGAUGAGCUUCUGGUGCAUGGCAAAUUACGUGCAAUAUUUAGGCUGAUUGACUUAUUUUCCUCUACUAGUGAAACCUUGUUUAUACCUCAGUCCACUCAGAAAGAUAUUAGUUCAAAGAAACGUCAGAGUGAUAUUGGAUUCCUUAUGGAACUUGUUUCCACUUGCUUUCUCCUAUCAUUUUCUGGUGAAAAUGCAAUUGAAGAAUUUCUUUAUAGACUUUUCCGAGCACAGAGGAAGGGCUUCAAAUUCUUUAUAACUCCAGAAGUGAGUCUGACUGCGGCCAUAUCAUUGCUUCUCAAUCCAAUUGUUUUUUCUGCCCCAAAAAUUGUGCAAGCAUACGUGGUUUCAUCUGUAUCUGAAGCCAUGAGUGGUUUGAUGGAUGUUCAAAACCUGAAACCAAACUGUAAACUUCUUGACUGCUUUCUCUCAGUGUUUGAAAAAUCAGUCAAUAUGUAUAUGAAACUUAUAUCCUUUGUACAGAUCAAUGGUGACUGUCCAAGUAAAUGUACGUCUUUCGUCAACUCAAGCACAUAUAGAGGGAACUUUCCUCCACCUUUUGAAUCUUAUAUAUUGCCAAGCACACAGGAGAAGAUAAACUCUCUGAUUAAAAGGUUUGAGCGUUCAUCAGAUUCAUUCUUAGGCAACCAUUUCUUUGAACUGAAAUCUGACAUGACCAGUUCGUGUAUUGCAUAUGUGAAGGAUUGCCAAUAUCUUCUGGACCAAUCAUGCAAAGAUGAUGUAUUCUCAAUUAUAAGUUGUCUGAUUUUAAGAGCAUCAGUGAGCUUUGAUGAAACUGUAAAACCUGCAAUCAAGGGUAUGGACCUUCAGGCUAUAUGUCUCCUAGUUUCUGUAUUGAAGUUAAUGGGCACUUCUUUGCUGCGUGCUAUAUCAUAUCUCCGGAAUGGUGAAAGUUAUGGCUCUUUCAAAACCUUGAAAGACUACUCAUUGUGUAAGGAGUACAUGUCUAUUUUGGGUUCAAUUAGCUGUUUUAGUGAAUCCAAAAUACACUUUCCAGUCCAACAGUUCUUAAGUAACAUAAUGGAGACGAAUUCCAUCAAGCACAAGGAUUUCAUGGUGAUGCUUCUGCAUUUUUCAGGCAUGCUUGCAUUUAGUUUUUUAACGAGGAUUGGUUGCUUAGCAAAUGGGUGCUUGUUAACUAUCACUGCUCUGGUGAAUUUGUUUGUACUUGAAGAGGGUUAUUUAGAUGAGUUGAGGUCAUUAAUUGUUUGUGGCUCAGACUCCGAUUCCUCUGCAUUACCCCUGGUCAGAAUCCAAGAGGCAGUAAUGGACCAGAGGCCUAGCAUAAUGGUUGCAUCAAAAUUUCAAAAUAUACAGAAUCUGUACUUGAGCAAGUCAAAGACUACGGUAAAGUAUUGUGGCAAUGUGGAAGAUGGAUGGGCAGAGAGUUCAUCAUCAAGUGCUUCUUGUUUAUUUGACAAAGAAGAAGAAAUGGUGAGUGUUGAAGAGGAAACGUUGAAUGGUGAGAUCUUUCUGAGGUGCGUGGAACCCAACGCAAAAAAAGACUCUGAUUUUGGUGAGUUAGCUGAUUUUAUUGAGUGCAAACAAGGGAAGGACUAUGCAGAGUGGCUACAGGAUAGAGAAAAAUAUAGAAAAUGGAAAUCUAAAAGGACAGCAAUGUUAAGAUGGAAGAGAAAGAGAAAGACUUGGAAAGUUUGGAAAGGGAAAAGUAGUACUGGGUUAAUGGUUUCUGAAUUUCCAUGAGAAAAUUAUUCAUCCUUAAAGUGGUGCAAUGCAGAGAUGUUGGAUAUCAACACUCCAAAUGCUCAGGGAAUGGAAGGACAUAUGUAUGGAGUGGGGUGGGGUUGAUGCUACUUCAAGAGCACCACAGACAACUCACAAGAGAAGAGAGAACUUGGUUUAUUGGGAAAAUUUUCUUCUACAUUUGGGUGGGUGUCUUCUUUUUCUUAUUCCACUUUCAGGGAAAGGAAAAGGAAAAGUUGUUCUCACUCGGCUAGCUCAAUUUGUUUGACUGAUCACUUUAAAAUUUUAUUUUAGUAACAAUGUCGGGGUUUGAAUUCUUUGAAACUCUUAGAGUUAUUGGGAGAACUUUAUUGAUCAGAGGUGAUAAAAACUCUUUGUGCAUAGAGUGUACCAGUACCGGAUGGGAGCCGUUAUCAUUCUUGCUGAGUUGCUUCCUACUUGAGUUUUGACAUACUUUUAAUGAGAUUAUAUCUUAGAUAUCUUAGACCUUGUAGUCUUUUCUCUCAAGUAUUUUAAAUGUUAUCUUCAAUGAUUUUUCAAGAAAAUUUUUUUCCAAUGGGGGCAUUGACUCUUUGUUCUUUAAUAGGUUAAGAAAGUAUGUAUGGACCGAUACUUCAUUGUAACAGAGUUAGAAGUACCAAUUUUAUUUUAUUUUUAGUUUU